AUGGGGUUGGAGCCAAAUGGCCAUGCUCUCUCAGCGGAGUCACUGCCGUCCACCUGCGAGAGCAGCCACAGCCCUGAACGCUUAGCCAGACUGUACAGCAAUCUGGACCCAGAGCGGCUCCGAGCCGUUCCUUUGAGCAUUUGUCUGGCGAACUGGGGCCGACAUUUCCGUAACGAAGUGGAGGGCGCAUUCUCAGUGGAGUCAGCAAAUGACCAUCUCAGCCAGAAGACUGAACAGAUCGACAAUUUUCUCAGCCAUGAUUGGGGUACCAGCCGCUUUCUGAAGGUGCUGACCUUGCUUUGGGUGUUCAACAUCCGAGCCGCCACUAUCGCAACCUUUCUUAUCAGUUGCAUCGUUGGCUUCCUCCGUAUUUAUGCCACAGGCAGCAUGGUGGACCACUGGUGCUCUAUCUUUUUUGGCUAUGCGACAUUCGUCAUUGUGUUUUGCUGGUGGCAAAGAAUGCAAUCUCUCUUUGGCUUCAGGCGCAUGGUUUUCCUUGAUAAACUGUGCAUUGCCCAGCACAAUCCGCAGUUGAAGCAGCAGGGAAUCCUGGGAUUAGCCAGCUUCCUACAGAAGUCCGACGCGCUCACGGUUCUUUGGACGCAACGUUGGGCAACUCGCCUUUGGUGCACCUACGAGUUAGCUGCCUUCAUGCGUCAGGGUAGCAAGCCAAUUCAGCUCAUGCCGGUGAAGCUGGCGGGCAUUUUGCUGAUGCAGGGAUCCUGCUGGGCCGCGAUCACCAUCGCCCAUGCGAUUGUGACCUCUGACGGUUCGGAUUCUAAUUCCGGCGUUUAUCAGCUGUCGCUCGUCGGCCUAGGGAUCUUCAGUGUGAUCCUGAUCGCUCUCCUCCCUUUGAUGGUGCACACGGGCCUGUGGUUCAUGAAGGAGCUGGCUGCGCUACCAGAGCAGUUGAAAGCGUUUCGAAUACAAGAUACUGAGUGCUACUGCUGUGCUCACGGCCAUCGCCACCCAAAGACGGGAGCAGCGAUUCCGUGUGACCGAGAGUAUGUGUAUUGGAUGCUCCGUACGUGGUUUCAUGAUCCAGAAGCACCGGGGGAGUCGUACCUGGAUUCGUUCAAUGCCUUGGUGAGAGAACAGAUGGCACCCGUUGUGCUUAAACAUGCAGGUGGGAGCACUCUGCCUUUAAGUUACGCUUUGUAUGCUUGUGCCGCCUGCAACUUGCCUUGGCUCAGUGACUACAUCCCCUGGUGGGCUGCCGCAUAUGUUUCAGGAUCGAAAGCUGGCGUUACUGGCUUUUUGUGGUGGCUGCGCGGCAUGAUGCUUUUCUUGUACCACCCUCUUCUGCAGCUCGCAAUGAUGCGAAUCUGCACGAUGAUGUGGAAGGUCUUGCUGCCACUGGCAGACCGAACUUGGCGCACUGUGUUGACAACACUGCAGAUUCUCAUCAUGAUCGUCAUUGCGAUGGUUCUUUGGCUCGCAUUUCGCUAUGUGUACCAGGCCACGGACAGCACAAGUUUGUUGCCGGCUGUGCCCUUUGUCGCACUUGCCAUCCUCGACAUCGCCCUUUUCUGGCAAUCCCGAAAUCGGCCUACAGCGUCUGCAGGACCAGAAGAAACAGGUGUGUCUUCAUCCCACGCCAUGGACCCUGAGCCCGAAGAUGUCGAAGAAGAUGGGAGGACUCCCAGUCGCAGCUGCAGCUGGCACAUCUCCGAAGCCGAGGCCGAAGGGCCAUUGGUUGAAGUGAAGCUGUAG